CCAUUACUGAUAUAAGAGUUGGAAACCUAAUGAGCUCCCAUGGAAAUCACAUCAAAGCAAGUGACAUCUUCAUGGCAUUCAAUGUGGAUGCAGGAGGUGGAGGAAGUCUUGGUGUUCUUCCUCUUGAAGAGGUAGGAAGGAAGGAACAGUCACUGCCUUUCCUCCAUGCUCAUGCAGAUUUUGUGUCUGACCUGGACUUUUCACCCUCUGAUGGAAGGCUUCUUACAACUUGUUCUUUUGACUGUUCAAUUAAACUGUGGCAAAUUCCAGGGGAAGGCAUAAAAGAGACUCUGUCUGCACCACUUUGUACUCUUCCACAGCAGCCUGGUCGCGUAGAAAAUGUACUGUUCCAUCCUGCAGCAAGUGAGGUACUAGCUAGUUCAUGUGGGAAGUCUGUCACCAUCUGGGAUCUACAGAAACAGCAGCUGAACUACAAUUUGGAAAACCAUCGCGACUUGGUUCAAAGUUUUUGCUGGAAAGGGGAUGGUUCUUUAUUAGUUACAUCCAGCAAGGACAAGAAGGUGCGCAUCCUAGACCCACGUGGAAAUUCUGUUGUUGCGGAAUGUGAAGGCAUGGAAGGAAUCAAGGACUCAAGAGUGCUGUGGCUGGGAAACACAGACAAAAUUAUAAGCACAGGUUUCAGUCAGUCUCGCAGCCGUGAAGUUGUUGUUAGGGAUGUGAAAAAUAUAUGCAGUCCAUUACAGAGGAUGAGCUUUGAUACAUCAUCUGGAAUUCUGAUGCCAUUUUUUGAUCCAGACACCAACAUGUUGUUCUUAGCUGGGAAGGGUGACUCUUCAAUCCAGUAUUUGGAAGUAUCUGAUACUGCCACAUCAUUUGUUACUUCAGUGUCAUCACAGGUGAUGGACCAACAGCACAAAGGUAUGGCCAUUGUACCUAAACUUGCCAUGAAUGUAAUGAAAUGUGAAGUGGUACGACUUCUUCAGCUAACAAAAUCAUCAGUGGUCCCUAUCAGUUACUGUGUGCCACGAAAGUCUUACAGGGAUUUUCAUGAAGACUUGUUUCCUGAUACUUUUGCAAGAGAAGCAUCCAUGACAGCAGAAGAGUGGUUCAGUGGAUCCAAUAACCCUUUAAGGAGAGUUUCUCUUGAUCCAUCAAAACGACAAAUGGAAUGUCAAAAAACAACAACAGCACAAGAAAAACCACAGAAACCCACACUCAAGCCAAAACCAGCAACAGAAAGUCAGAAACCAAGUGUUGCUGUAGAAAAGCAUUCAACAAGUGAGUCCAGAGAAUCACCAAAAGAAGAAGCUAAUUCUCAACAAACUCAACAAACCGUCAACAAAUUAACAUCAUCUGCUGGUCCUGAGGCAGAACCUUCAACAAAGCCACGAAAGACUUUCACAGCUGCACGUACAUCAAAAUUCAGACAUCUUCAUGGCACUCCCAUGCACAAAAGCAAUAAUAUAGACAAUGUACGGAAUUUGAGCAUAUCAGUACUAGCAGACUCUGAUGGUUUUCAAGUCAAUCAGAAGUUUGCCGCUUUUCCUUUAUCAGGACCUGGAGGCCAAAUAGCUGUGGUCCCUUUAGAUAAGCCUGGCCGGCUUCCUGAUGCGGGCCUGCCUGUAAUUCAGUGUGGUAGUGGUGUGCUGGAUUUUGCCAUGGACCCAUUUAACAAACAGAGACUAGCAACUGCCUGUGAAAGUGGUUUUGUUACUGUGUGGGAAGUACCCAAUGAUGGCUUGACAGAAACUAUUAACAAUCCAUUUGUGGUUUUGAAAGGUCAUAAUGACAAACCAAACAUAGUUAAGUAUCACCCCACAGCCAAAGGUGUUCUGGCAUCAGCAGCUAUGGAUUUAACCAUCAAGAUCUGGGAUGUUGACAAAGCUAAAGAUCUAAUAACACUUAACGGACUUACUGAUUCGGUUUUUAGCUUGAGUUGGAAACCAGAUGGAACAAGACUAGCCACUGUGUCAAGAGAUAACAAGAUCAGAAUAUUUGACCCAAGAUCUCAAGUUUCGUCUCUACAGACAGGAACAGGACCUGAAGGGAGCCGUGGAGCUCGUGUCUUCUGGGGAGGUCCAAGUGGGGACUGGUUAGUGACCACAGGAUUUGGCAAAUCAAGCAUAAGAAUCAUUAGUGUUUAUGACAGUUGUGAUCUGUCUAAAGUUUUAUCAUCAGUGGAGGUGGAUGCAGCACCCGCUACCCUGAUACCUUUCUAUGAUGAAGACUCCUCUGUCAUGUUUCUAUCUGCUAAGGGUGAAACUACAAUAUUUGCUUAUGAAGUCAGUGAAGAGCCACCUCACUUGAAUGAAUUGUCACACUACGGGACAAAGAACCCUUACCAGGCAGUGGCCUUUCUACCUAAGACUGUUUGUGACAUAAAACAAGUGGAGUUUGCCAGAGCUGUUAAGUUGAACAAGACGUCAAUUGACUUAAUUACAUUCCAGGUUCCUCGAGUGAAGAUGGAAUACUUUCAAGAUGACCUUUUCCCAGACACCAGAGUAUGGUGGGAGCCUUCAGUGACUAGUGAUAAGUGGUUCACUGGUGAAGAUAAAACACAGAGAACAAUGUCACUCAGACCAGAUGGCAUGAAAGCAUUGAGUGAAGCACCCAAACCAGCCCCUAUUGCCAGGAAGUACGACAGUAGACAUGAACUUGAGGAGGUGAAGUCCAUCGAACAGCAGAAAGAAGAACUUUUGAACUCUAUGGUUGACAAAUUAAGAAAUUAUGAUGAUGAUCCUUUGCCUCAGGAUCUUCAAGAAGGAGUGGAUGAUGAUGAAUGGGAUGACUGACUCUCAUCAAUAAUUCAUGUCUGCCUCAGUUGUUUGACUGUUAUUAAUCAUAAUAACACACACUGCAAUAUCUUUGAAUUUCACUCAAUACUUCAAGUCAAUUGUACAUAAAAAAAAUUUUAACCAUACAAAUUUAAAAUUGAAAUUCUCUCAUGUAUGAUUACAGUAUAAUUGCAUUUUGUGGAGAUAUUUGUGGGAAAUAAUUUUUUGCGAGACUUUUUCAUCCACAGUUGAAAUAUAAAUGUUUUCUUAGUGAGGUUUUUUACUGUUCCAUGUGCGUACAAGGGCUAACUAAUGUUUAAAUAAUAAAGACAAUAUUGUUUAUGAA